CGAUGCGCAGACGCCGACCUUAGGAGGCAGGGCUUGCGGGGACUCACGUACACAACACAGGCAUACGCACACACCCCCUUCCAUGCGCAGGUAUCCACACCAGAUAGGUGAGUUUUCUCACCCUACAAUAUGGCAGGAAGUUAGACUGCUCUCCCUCCUGCCCACCUAUCUUCUCCUCUGCAGAUGCCAAUCAGGGGUACCCAGCCUGGGAAGGCUGAGCCACACAGUUUUAGGGAGAAGGUUUUCCGGAAGAAGCCACCAGCCUGUACUGCCUGUAAGGUGACAAUUGAUGGGACCGGGCUAGUGUGCCGAGUUUGCAAAGCAGCGGCACAUCGGAAAUGUGAGGCCAAGGUGACCACGACGUGCCAGGCCCUGCCCCCUGUGGAGCUGAGGAGAAACACUGCACCAGUCAGACGCAUUGAGCACCUGGGAUCCACCAAGUCUUUGAAUCAUUCCAAGCAGCGGAGCACCUUGCCCAGGAGUUUUAGUCUGGACCCACUCAUGGAGCGCCGCUGGGACCUGGAUCUGACCUAUGUGACCGAGAGAAUCCUGGCAGCCGCCUUCCCAGGGAGGUUCGACGAACAGAGACAUCGAGGCCACCUUCGGGAACUGGCACACGUGCUUCAGUCCAAGCACCGGGACAACUACCUGCUCUUCAACCUGUCAGAGAAACGGCAUGACCUGAAUCGCCUGAACCCCAAGGUCCAGGACUUCGGUUGGCCUGACUUACACGCACCCCCCCUGGACAAGCUGUGCUCCAUUUGCAAGGCUAUGGAAAACUGGCUUAGCUCCAGCCCCCAGCAUGUGGUGGUUCUCUACUGCAAGGGAAACAAGGCCAAGCUGGGUGUCAUUGUGGCUGCCUACAUGCAUUACAGCAAGAUCUCGGCCAGUGAAGAUCAGGCUUUGGCCACUCUCACCAUGCGAAAGUUCUGUGAAGACAAAAUGGCUUCUGAGUUCCAGCCCUCCCAGCGAAGGUACAUCAGCUACUUCAGCGGUCUCCUGUCUGGCUCCAUCAGAAUGAAUAGCAGCCCCCUGUUUCUCCACCAUGUGCUCAUGCCCGUCCUGCCUGCCUUUGAGCCAGGAACAGGCUAUCAACCCUUCCUCAAGAUCUAUCAGUCCAUGCAACUCGUCUAUACGUCUGGAGUCUAUCACAUCUCAAAUCCAGGGCCCCAGCAGCUUUGCAUCAGCCUGGAGCCCGCACUUCUCCUCAAAGGUGAUGUCCUGGUGACAUGCUAUCAUAAGGGAGGCCGGGAGUCAGAGCGGACCCUUGUGUUCCGGGUUCAGUUCCACACAUGUACCAUUCAUGGACCCCACCUCACCUUCUCCAAAGACCAGUUGGAUGAAGCCUGGACCGAUGAGAGAUUCCCUUUCCAAGCCUCGGUGGAAUUUGUCUUCUCCUCUGGCCCUGAGAAAAUAAAAGGUCGGGAACCUCCACGAAAUGAUGCAUCUGUUUCUGUUGACUACAACACCACAGACUCAGCUGUUCGCUGGGACUCCUAUGAGAACUUUAACCAGCACCAUGAGGACAGUGGGGAUGGUUCCCCACCCCACACCCGGGGACCUCUGGAUGGCAGCCCUUAUGCCCAGGUACGGCGGGCCACCCGGCCCUCCCCACCAAGGCCCUCCCCAGAACACCCCCCACCUCCGAUCCUGUCCGUCAGCAGUGACUCAGGUCAUUCUUCCACCUUGACUACAGAGCCCCCAGCUGACUCCCCCACUCGACCUCCCCCUACUCCUGCAGAGCGUCAGGAGCUGGAGCGACUUCUGGGAGGCUGUGGAAUAGGUGGGGUGGGCCGGGGAGUGGGCCGGGAGACCGCCAUUUUGGAUGAAGAGGACCAGCUGCUCCCUGGGAGUGGUGCCCCGCUUGGAGUCUACCAGGGCCAGAGGCCCGGCCUGAGCCGACACUGUUCCUGCCGCCAUGGCUAUAGAGAGCCCUGUGGGGCUCCCAAUGGAGGUGGCUACUACAGGCCAGAGGGGACCUUGGAAAGAAGGCGGCUGGCCUAUGGGGGUUAUGAGGCCCUCCCUCAGGGCUAUGGGGAGGUCCCCCUGGAGAAAAGACAGCUCUGCCGAUCCCUAUCUGAGGGACCAUAUCCUUACCCACCAAAGCUGGGCAAACAGACCAAUGGGGAAUUUGGCUACCGUCUUCCUGGCUACCGAGAUGUAGUGAUCUUAGAGGAUGGGGGGCUGCCCACUUUGUGCCCAUGCCCAGCCUGUGAAGAGAAACUGGCACUGCCCACAGCUGCCCUGUAUGGCCUACGACUGGAGAGGGAGGCAGGUGAGGGGUGGACAGGAGAGCCAGGGAAGCCCUUACUGCACCCUCUACGGACCAGGCACCCAGUACCACUGCUAAUGCCUACUUAUGGACACCACCAUGCUGCAGUGCCUGACUACAAUUGUCUGAAGCAGCCUAAGGCCGGAGAGGAUGGUCACGAGGGGUACCCCUAUGCUCUCUGCCCUGAAGGAAGGUACGGGCAUCCAGGGUACCCUACCCUGGUGGCAUACAGCAGUGGGGGAGCAAUGCCCGGGUACUGCCCCACGUAUGGGCGGUCAGCCCGGGGUUAUGUGUCACCCAGUGAGAGCAGAGGGUAUCCCAGCCCUGGAGUCCACUCUCCCUGUCCUGGCUCCGUCUUGCCAGGAAACCCCUCCUACCCACCAUCCAGCAAGCUGAGUUACGAGAUACCUCCUGAGGAGGGAGGGGAUGGGUACCCAUUGCCGGGGCACCUGGCUCAGACAGGCAGCUUGGCACCUACAGAUUCACUGGAACCAGGCUUAUGGCAGGAGGGCCCCAACGGGCACAUUACCGUUCCCCGGCCAACCCAAAAUGCGCAGGGUGUAGAAAGUGCCCCAUCGGAUCUAUCUGGCUCCCCCACCCCCCUUCAUACCAGCAGCCCAGUUCAGGGCAAGGAAAGGUACAGAGGCCAUGGGGGGAUGCUGACAUUGAGUAGCACUGGAAGGGGCCCGGCCAAAAGCCCUCAGAAUCGAGAAAGUCGAUCCCCUAGUCUGGUACCUGCCUUGAGACUGAAUCCAGAAGUAGCUCUCUCUGCCCCCCAGGGGAACACUGAAAAGACUCCAGAUCUGCCUUCAACGAGUGGGACUGAUCCCCCGCCCUCCAGCCCUUUCCAUUCAGCCUCUCCUUCCGGCUCCCCCAGGGACUGGCCUCAGGAGAGGAGCCUGGGCGUGUACUCUGGCAGUGCCAAUCCCCGGACCCCAGUGCCUACCACGCUGCCUGGCCUCCGUCAUGCUACCUGGCAGGGUCCUCGUGGUCCCUCAGACAGUCCAGAUGGAUCACCCCUCACACCUGUGCCUGCCCAGAUGCCUUGGCUUGUGCCUGCCCCUGAGCCCCUGCAAAGUUCACCCACACCUGCCUUUCCUCUGGCCGCUUCCUAUGAUUCCAAUGGCACUGCCCAGCCCCCAUUGCCUGAGAAACGGCACCCACCAGCAGCUGGGCAGCAGGCGGGCCGAGAGUGGGGUGGGGAGCGUGCAUCUCCACCAGGCAGAGGGACCACCCAUCAUGUCACCUUUGCUCCCCUGCUUCCAGAUGAUGCCCCCAGUUCUCCAGAGCCCCCUCCCCAAGAGAGCCAGAGCAAUGUCAAGUUUGUACAGGACACAUCCAAGUUCUGGUAUAAACCACACCUGUCAAGAGACCAAGCCAUCUCCCUGCUGAAGGACAAGGAGCCUGGUGCAUUUCUGAUACGAGACAGUCAUUCCUUCCAAGGGGCAUAUGGGCUGGCACUCAAAGUGGCUACACCUCCACCCAGCGCCCAGGCCUGGAAAGGUGAUCCCUUGGAACAGCUGGUCCGUCAUUUCCUCAUCGAGACAGGACCCAAAGGGGUGAAAAUCAAGGGAUGCCCCAGUGAACCGCACUUUGGCAGCCUGUCAGCUCUGGUCUCCCAACAUUCUAUUGCCCCCAUCUCCCUUCCUUGCUGCCUCCAAAUCCCCAGUAAAGAUCCCCUGGACAAGACCCCUGAGGUUUCAGUGCACACCAACAUGAGCACAGCAUCAGACCUCCUGCGGCAGGGAGCAGCCUGCAGUGUAUUGUAUCUGACCUCUGUGGAGACAGAGUCCCUGACUGGCCCCCAGGCUGUGGCCCGGGCCAGCUCAGCUGCUCUGAGCUGCAGCCCCACCCCAACUCCAGUCACCGUCCACUUCAAGGUCUCAGCCCAAGGCAUCACCCUGACGGAUAACCAUCGGAAGCUUUUCUUCCGGCGACAUUACCCAGUGAACAGCAUCACCUUCUGUAGCACAGACCCACAGGACAGAAGAUGGACCAACACAGAUGGAACCACGGCUAAGAUCUUUGGUUUUGUGGCCAGGAAGCCGGGCAGCCCUUGGGAAAACGUAUGUCAUCUCUUUUCGGAGCUUGAUCCCGACCAGCCAGCUGUUGCCAUUGUCACUUUCAUCACCAAAGUUCUGCUGGGUCAGAGAAAGUGAAGAGGGGGUGAAGAAGACCAAACCCACAUUAACGUGCUCCUCCUCUCCCAGCCCCCCCACUGACCUUUCCCCUUACGUGGAUUAAGAAAAAAGCAGCCCUUGCCCCCUAGCACAAGCAAGGGGCUUCCUGUGACACUCCCCACGCCCCACCCCCACCGCCACCCCCAGCCUGCCACACAGACCAGAUGAGCAUAGGAGAUGGCAACUGUAGGUGAGCAGAGGGGAAGGGGAUAGCUCGGGCACAGCAGGGGGUGGUGUCAGAAGGUAAGCUACAGAGGGGUCCUGGACGGCCCUGCCCGAGAGGACCCAGGCCUGGGAGGGGCUGUGGCACUGCCAGCUCCCCCCAGCUGCAGGCCAGAGCAGAAGCAAGCGGAGAAAGGGAAGGGGGGAGGACUGCGCCCCUCCUCCUGCUUACUCCCACUAAAUAGAGAGAGCAGGAUGGGAUUAUAUGAAGAAAAAAAAGAAAGAGAGUCUAUUUUUGUCUAAUAAAGAAUUUCUAUGAGCUUUA